GAACUGAUAGGCCUGCUGGAGGUCAUGUGCGGCGCGGCACCCCGAGCAGCGCUUUACGACGGAAUCCUGCGGCCUCUCGGGGUCCGUACCCGGGCGGGAGCCACUCUCUGUGCAUUUCUGGGGUUUUCUUACAUGUCUGUUUACCUCAAAAUGAGUGUUAGUUUCACCUUUUUAAGACCUUUUGCCCGAUUUUUGAUGCCAUUUACCCUUCAUAGGAAGAGAAGGUUUUUAUAUUCAACGAUUCUACAGAGAUACAUGUCUUCCAGAACACCGUCUGUGUCCUAUCCUAAUAAGGAGAAUACAUUACCUCCUAAAGAGCUGGAAUUGGAUGGAUGGAAAAUUACAAUGAAAUCUAGUGUGCAAGAAGAAAGUGUUUCAACAAUCUCAAGUGACAAGGAUGAAGAUCUUCUAGCUGCCACCAAGGAAUUAAUUGAGAUGUGGAGAUUGCUUGGCAAAGAAGUACCUGAACACAUCAGUGAAGAAGAUCUGAAAGCUGUUAUGGAAUGUGUUUCUAAGUCAUCAAAAAAAAAAUACUUAAAGUAUUUAUAUGUUAAGGAAAACAUGAAAAAAGCUAAGCAAAUAAAAAAGGAAAUAAAAGCAGCAGCAAGGGAAAAAGCAAAAAAAGACCAGCUUCUAGAAACCACUAAGGAAGACAAACAGCAAAACUUUUUCUUUCUACGACUUUGGGAAAGGAAUAUGGACAUUGCAGUGGGUUGGAAGGGUGCCCAGGCCAUGCAGUUUGGGCAGCCUUUGGUUUUUGACAUGUCUUACGAUAAUUAUAUGAAACCAAAAGAACUGCAGAAUACCGUUUCUCAACUUUUAGAAAGUGAAGGGUGCAACAGAAGAAAUGCUGAUCCUUUCCACAUUUAUUUCUGCAAUCUUAAAAUAGAUGGUGAUUAUCAUAGAGAGUUAGUUAAACGUUAUGGAGAAAAAUGGGACAAACUGCUUUUAACAGCAACAGAAAAAUCUCACACAGAUUUAUUUCCAAAGGACAGUAUUAUAUAUUUAACUGCAGAUUCUCCCAAUGUUAUGACUACUUUCAAGCAUGACAAGAUUUACAUAGUGGGAUCUUUUGUCGAUAAGAACAUGCAGCCAGGCACAUCCCUAGCACAUGCAAAACGGCUCAAUCUGGCAACAGAAUGUCUUCCAUUGGAUAAAUAUUUACAGUGGGACACUGGUGGCAAAAAUCUCACAUUAGAUCAAAUGAUGCGUAUUCUUUUGUGUCUGAAAAACAGUGGUAGUUGGGAAGAGGCUCUGAAGUUUGUUCCACAAAGAAAACAUACUGGUUUUCUGGAGGUUUCUCAAUUUUCUCAGGCAUUUGUCAACAGACUGAAGAAGUCAAAGGCUUUUAAUUCAUUUCCAAAAGUCUCUAAUCGACACACACAAAAGGUGUUGUAAAGUGAUAGCUUAAAAACUAAAUGGUCACAACAUAUGUUAAGUCAAACCACCAUGUCUUAGAGUGAUGUUAAGUCAAUUAUUGUUCAGUAAAAGGGGGGAAAAAAGCAAAUGGACUGGAAAUACAGUUCUACUAGUCUGUUUCUUCCUGAAUGGAAUUCACUUACUCUUUCUUUUAAAGUUUGUCUUUCCAAACUAACUCAAGUGUGUCUUUCCACAGUUAAUAUCUGCAGAUCUUUGGAAAUAUAUUUUGUUUACUAUAAAAAUAAGUUUAGUAAUCUUUGAAAGUAUAAAGUAUUAUCCAAGUUUGUUGAGCCCAAUAAAACAAUUGUAUCAUU